CCUCCUAACCAGCUGAGCUCAACCUGCUUCCUGAUUCUCGUUUAUUCUGGGAAACAGUAUCAGCAAUUACAGCUAAGACAUCUUACUUACAUCGGCUCAUCUCAGAAGAGUGAACUCAACUACAGAGUGCGGUAAACCAACUGAAGAGAAGAUUUAUUUCUCCCGGUCAAUUUCAGAUUCAGAAACAAGAAUGUCUCAAACUGUCAUACCCGUGACCUCUUCGACGCUUGUCAUCCAGUUUCAACCACCAACACAAACAACAGCAGCUGGAACUGGGACAAAUGCUCCUGUGCCUGUUUAUGUACAACAGCUAGCAGGAGUUUCACCUCUUCAUGGACUUCAGGCAUUUCUGAAAGGCCAACCAAAAGCCCUUGGGACUGUCCAGAUAAUGAUUGGUCUGUUGACUUUCCUGUUGGGAAUCGUGUCUUCACUUCAUGCAGAAUCCAUCUCUGUCUUUAGUGGUGUUGUUUACUGGGGAUCUCUCAUCUACAUUAUUGCAGGCUCACUCUCCAUUGCUGCAGAAAACAAACUGAAUUCACCCUCCAGUUUGUGUUUGGUGAAAGGUUCACUUGGAAUGAACAUUUUCAGUACUUUAACUGCAGGCAUUUCCAUUAUCAUAAUUUCAUUGGAUUUGGCUUUAGGGCCAUUGAACACUUACUGCAACCAUUUUCAUGAUUGUUAUUAUAUUGAGGAAAAGUAUAAGACUCUCUACUGGGGAAUUAGUGGUGUAUCAUUGAUAUUCGCCUUCCUUCAGUUUAUCAUUUCCAUCUAUCUGUCAGCAUUUGCCUGUAAAGUCACCCCCUGUUGUACUCCACAGGUGGCGUUUGUUCCACAAGUUUUACCUCAACAGCCCUGUGAUUUCAGGCACACUCAUGUCCAUGAUCUUAACAACCCAGAGAUAUCUGUGGUCAGCAACCCUUCAAUGCAUCACCUUCCUGCAGAAAUUCCUCCACAAUACAGUGAAUUUAAAGAGUGAAUAUUAAAACAGACUGGACAGAGUUGAGGUGGGACACAUGAGUUUCCCAGUGAUUUCCUGUCUCUCUAAUGUCAUUAAAAAGAGAACAUAACAACAAAGGAAAAAUCACUUGAUCAAAUAAUUACAGAUUUUUUAAGUCACAAAUGUGUAAACAACUAUUUAAGACUAGAUAGAUUAUUCAUAGAUUCAUUUUUUUUUCUUUGCUUAAGUUUACUUUAUCAUUACUGAAAUUGGAUAGAUUGUUUCGAACAACUACUCGCUUUAUUCUUACAGAUUAUACUGUAUUAAGUAUACCAAAUUAAAAAAUGGCUUAUUCGUU